CAGAACCCCCUGCAUACUCUCAGCUAAACUUGACACGGGUCUGGGCUUGCCAUACAUAAGUGUCGGCCUCUACUUGCUCUCGCAGUUGACGGCUUUGGGUCUUGGCCUGACGCCCGCCCUUCUCUCGCGCAGCGACAGUUCCAUCAACAUAUAAAUUCGGGGCCUUCGACUUACACUCUUUCCAUCUCGGAUCAAACAUAAAUAACUCGACAAUCAUGGACUCUCCGCCACCCUCAUCGCUGUACCCAGCGAUGGCGAUUCUCGACUACAUGCAUGCUCCUACUGUUGGGUUCUUCUUCCUGGGCGCAACAGCGUUCAGUCUAUGUAUACUGCAGAAACCGAUACCAGUGUCACACCGACGGAGAAGAGGCGUAUUUGCGACCACAGUCGUCAUACUGCUCUCAUACAUAACGGAAGUGCUCUAUUACUUCAGCCGAUCACUUGCAAAUGCACAAUAUACAGCUCCAGAGCCUUCGGCGAUCCGAUGUCUUGGCUCUAUCCUGGUAUGGGGCCCCAUCUCGUACUCUUUAUGGACUUCGAAAUCUCUGAGGUGGCAUCCUUACUUUGGCACAUUCGUGCUCCAGUUUUCGUUCGAAACGACAACAUGCUUUAUGAGCGCUGCCUCGAUACCUGACGCGGACCGAUCGAGUAAUGCGCCUUUUGUUCUCGGUUGCAUCAGAGUUAUCACUUCCCUGAUCCUGCUGGUUGACAGCUUUGUCAUCACAGCCACGAAGCAUGCGGAGAAGAGCACCGAUGAGGAGAGCCAAUCGCUAAUACCAAAGCCAGCCAAUGGCGCCGCGACCCAGAACGGCAACGCAGGAUACGGUAGCAUCGAGCAGAAUACCUCUGAUGAUGAGGGAGAAGCCCCCAAAGACAAAGACAAAGAACUCAAAGAGCAACAGGCCAAGCGUCUGGAGGAAGAAGGCGGCUGGUUUGGCUACCUCAAGUCGUUCGCUGUAUUUCUACCAUACUUGUUUCCGCGCGACGACUGGAUGGUCAUGGGAGCUUUGGGAGUCCGUCUCGUUCAUAUGCUUUCUGAACGCGCCCUCAACUUGCUCACGCCCCGUCAGCUUGGUAUCAUCACGAACAAGCUAAGCCAUAACACAGGCGUCAUGCCUUGGAAGGACGUCGGUCUAUGGGUUCUGUUCCAGUGGAUUGGUAGCUAUGCAGGUCUUGGCUUCAUUGACGGCAUUGCUAGCAUGAUCAUCUCGAACUCAGCCUACCGACGAAUCACGCUGUUAGCCUACGAGCACGUCUUGAGUCUUUCUAUGGACUUCCAUACAUCGAAGGACUCUGGCGAAGUUCUGAAAGCUGUUGAGCAAGCGUCGUCACUCAACUCCCUUGUUGAGAUGGUACUCUUCGACAUUUCGCCUAUCCUCCUGGAUCUGGUUGUUGCCAUGUGGUACGUCACGCAUCUGUUCGAUGCAUACAUGGCCUUCAUUAUUCUGUUCAUGGGGUUCGCGUACACCUGCAUUGGCUGGUAUUUCACCACCCUCUCGCAGCCAAAGCGGAGAGACUAUGUGGAGAAGCAGCGCACGGAAAGUUCGACUGUUAACGAAACAGUGCACAACUGGCAGACGGUCGCAUACUUCAAUCGUCUCAAUUACGAACAUUCGCGAUACGCAUCCAACAUCAUGAACACAAUCAGGGCGCAAUACGCCUACUACUUCCGGUCUAUGGGCGGUCACGCCGCGCAAAAUAUGCUGACCACUUUCGGAUUUGCGGCUUGCUGCGUCUUUGGUAUGACACAGAUUGUCAGUGGACGCAAGCAAGUCGGCGAUCUCGUUACGCUGAUCAUGUACUGGCACACGAUGACGAGCCCCCUGUACGUUUUAUCGUACAGCUACAGGCACAUCUCCAGCUCCCUCAUUGACGCGGAACGAUUGCUUCAGAUGCUCAAAACCAAGCCUUCUGUUGCUGACAACGACGGCGCAAGGGACCUUGUCGUCGACACUGGUGUGGUGGAGUUUACGGGUGUGGAGUUCGCAUACGAUGAGCGCAAACCCAUCAUUAGAGGAGUCGAUCUACACGCGGAGGGUGGACAGACAAUCGCUUUUGUCGGCGAAACAGGUGGCGGCAAGUCGACGAUGCUAAAGCUGCUGUUCCGCUUCUACGAUGUCACCAGCGGGUCCAUCAUGAUUGAUGGCCAAGACCUGCGCUCAGUCACCCAAUCCAGUCUUCGCGAUGCACUUGGUCUUGUUCCCCAAGACCCGGUCCUCUUCAACCAGACCAUCCGCCAAAACGUGCGCUACGCCCGUCUCGAAGCUACAGACGCCGAAAUCGAGGAUGCAUGCCGCGCAGCCGCGAUCCACGACGACAUCGUCGGCUUCCCCGACGGCUACAACUCCAAAGUUGGCGAGCGCGGCGUCCGCCUCUCAGGUGGCCAACUCCAACGCAUCGCCAUUGCGCGCGUGCUACUCAAGAACCCCAAGAUCGUUCUCCUUGACGAAGCCACAUCGGCAAUCGACUCUGGCAUCGAAGCACUCAUCCAAGAAGCCUUCCGCAAGCUGAGCAAAGGACGCACUACAUUCGUCAUCGCGCAUCGCCUCAGCACUAUCGUCGACGCGGACCAGAUUCUCGUUAUCGAGAAGGGCGCGAUUGUGGAGAGGGGCACGCAUCAGGAGUUGCUGGAGAAGAGCGGGAAGUAUAAUGAGCUUUGGACGAAGCAGACUGCGGGGCAUUUGUCCAGUGUUGGGAGUAAGGUUCCCUCGAAGGCGAAUUCGACGAACAGAGAGGUGGAAGGGAGUAUGCCGUUGAUUGAUAUUACGCCUGCGGAGAAGGAUGAGGCGACUGCGACGGGGAGGAGUGGGGAGGAUAAGGAUGUGGUUGAGAGACGGAAGUAAUAUUCGCCCUGAAAGUAUGUUGUCGUACGACGAAGUCAUGACUGUCCUCUUGGCUGUAUUCACACAACAUGGAGUUACCGAGAGAGUUCGGGAUCCACCAAUCAGAAGCGGGACGGAGAUCACAGCAAGACCGUGCGAGUCGGUCGGAGAAGGCUUGCGGACUCGAGAGUUUUGUUCUUCUUACGAAACUCAGAUGAAUUACAGCCACGGAAGGUCAAGACUGAAAGACAAGGAAGACAGGCAGAAAGCUCUAAGUGGUAAUGGCAAGAACGAGAGAGGUUUCCAAGGUAUUGCAAAUAUUCAUGUUGGAUCUCAUACGUUAGAAUGGAAGUGUUUCAACUCCAAACCCCAAUAAUGAC